GCAUCAAUGCAAGCUUGGCACUGCUACAUAGAACUCACAUCAAUAUCAUGGCAAGUAACCUACUCCCUGCCAAGCAGUCCCCAGAGGAGCGAGGCAAGUGGGCCAACAAGGCUGAGUUCAUCUUGUCUGUGGCUGGAGCUGUGAUCGGACUGGGAAAUGUAUGGAGGUUUCCCUAUCUCUGCUACAAGAAUGGAGGAGGUGCGUUCUUUAUCCCAUACCUCCUAUUCCUGUUUACAUGUGGUAUUCCUCUGUUUGUCCUGGAGACAGCAUUGGGUCAGUACACAAGUCAGGGAGGCAUCAUGUGUUGGAGAAAGAUCUGCCCCCUAUUUGAAGGUAUAGGAUAUGCAAGCACAAUGAUCAUAUUCUACGGAUGCAUCAGCUACAUAGUCAUCUUAGCCUGGGCCUUUCUGUACCUUUUCUCAUCCUUUUCGGGAGAGCUGCCAUGGGCCGUAUGCAACAACACCUGGAAUACAAAUGCCUGUGUAGUGUUAAAUGACUACAAUAACACAGGCAACAGAACCUCCUCAUCCUCUGUCAUAGAGUUUUGGCAAAGGCGUGUGCUCAAUAUUUCAUCUGGGAUAGAGGACAUGGGGAAGAUCCAGUGGGAGCUCUGCCUCUGUCUCCUUCUGUCCUGGACAAUCUGCUACUUUUGUGUGUGGAAAGGAGUGCGCUCCACUGGAAAGGCCACCUACAUCACAGCCACCUUCCCUUUCGUCAUGUUGUUGGUGUUGUUCAUUAGAGGAAUGACACUUCCUGGAGCUCUGCAUGGGAUCAAGUACUAUCUGUACCCGAAUCCCACCCGGCUCGCUGAUCCACAGGUUUGGAUGGAUGCUGGGACCCAAAUCUUUUAUUCCUAUGCCAUCUGUCUGGGAAUACUUACCACACUAGGGAGUUAUAACAAGUACAACAACAACUGUUACAGAGAUUCCUUUUACCUUUGUCUACUAAAUAGUGGAACCAGCUUUGUUUCUGGAUUUGCCAUCUUCUCUGUCCUGGGGUAUAUGUCACAGAAGCAGGGAAUUGAUAUUGCAUCAGUAGCAGAGUCAGGCCCUGGUCUUGUGUUUAUUGUUUAUCCCCAAGCGGUGACUCUUCUGCCUUUCCCUCAAGUCUGGGCUGUUUGCUUCUUCACGAUGAUUAUCUUAUUAGGCAUUGACGGACAGUUUGUGGGAAUGGAAAGUAUUGUGACAUCUUUAACAGAUGUAUUCCCAUCCCAGAGAAGAAAGGGCUAUCGCAGGGAGCUUCUACUGUUUCUGAUUUCUGCUUUUUCUUUUUUUAUCGACUUGCCACUAGUGUCACAGGGAGGAGCAUACCUUUUGCAGAUCUUUGACCACUAUGUGUGCAGUGGGCCAACAUUACUUUUGAUGGCAAUCUUACAAUCAAUUGUUAUUAGCUGGAUUUAUGGAGCUGAACGUUUCUCAGAUAAUAUUGCAGACAUGAUAGGAUACAAACCCUUAUUCCUGAUUAAGUACUGCUGGUUGUAUGCAACGCCUGCCAUAUGCAGUGGAACAUUCAUCUUUUUGCUGUUGAGAUACAGCCCCCUGCAGUUCAAUAACUCUUACGUGUAUCCCGAGUGGGCUUAUGGCAUUGGCUGGUUUCUUGCUACCUCUUCUCUGGCUAUGAUCCCAUUAAUUAUGGUGUGCAAAAUCGCCAAUGGAAAGGGGACUCUCUGGCAGCGGAUCAAAAAAAUCUCACAGCCAGCAGAUGACCUUCCAGUGACUGCAAAAGAAAUGAUACGCCUCAAUUCAUGCAUCUCUAAAGAAUAA